UGCCAUGGCGGCGGCGCGCGCGCGGCGCUGAGGCGGGCGGGAAGCGCGGGCCCGGCGCGGCCAUGGCGGACGAGCUGUACCUGGAGAACAUCGACGAGUUCGUCACCGACCACAACCGCGUCGUGACCUACAAAUGGCUGAGCUACACCCUGGGCGUCCACGUCAACCAGGCUAAACAAAUGCUCUAUGAUUACGUGGAGAGGAGACGCAAGGAGAACUCGGGAGCUCAGCUUCACGUCACCUACCUGGUGGCAGGAAACCUCCUCCAGAACGGACACGUUUGCCACAAGGUCGCAGUAGUGAGGGAGGAUAAACUUGAAGCAAUGAAGUCUAAGCUGUCCACAAUUGCCAGUGUGCACGUGUACAGCAUUCAGAAGGCCCUGCUCAAGGACAGCUCCCCCCUCUACAACACCGACUAUGACAUCGUCAAAACAAACCUGCAGCACUGCAGCAAGUUCAGUGCCAUCCGCUGCGCCGCCGCCGUGCCCAGGACGCCGCCCGACGCUCCCCGAGCGCCGGCGCCCGCGCGGAGUCCCCAGAGGCAAAGGGACCCCGAUGCCACCGCCGGCACCGUCAACGGCCACGGGCCCCGGGCCGCCAAACCCCCCCCGCAGCAGCACAAAGGCAUCAUGGGCAUGUUUGCAGCCAAAGCGGCGGCCAGACCCCAGGACACGCCUAAGGAGGCCAAAGCAGAGGCCAAGGAGGCCCCAGGUGUGUCUGCAGCAAGCAGCAAGCCACCAACAAAGAACAGCAUCAUGAACAACUUCUUUGGAAAAGCUGCUAUGAAUAAACUCAAAGCCAACUCUGUGCCUGAGCAGCCAAAGGAGGAGAAAGAAGUAGUGAAGCCUUCAGUUGCUGUAGCAGAACCAGAGUCAUCUCCUAAUACUGUAGCAGAGAAACCUGGGAAGAAAACAGAGUCUGACAGAAUUCAGCAAAAGGACAAGAAAAGUAAAACAAAGAGAGCGGAUAGGUCAGAUGACGAGGAAGAAAGAGAUCCCGAAAAUGUCAAGAAAAAGAGGAAGCGAAUCAAACAACUUCUGUCUGACAGCAGUGAUGAGGAAGAUGUCCCACCCUCUCCCACACCCGAGGAGGAGCGAGCUCCAUCUCCACUACCUGAACCUGCUCUGAAAACUGAGCUGGAGCCUGCAUCCACGGAGGUGUCAGCUGGAGGGAGGAAGAGGAAGCGGAAGCGCGUGCUGAAAUCCAAGAUGUUUAUUGAUGAAGAGGAAGGCUGCAUGGUGACUGAGAAGGUUUACGAGAGCGAAUCCUGCACGGACAGCGAGGAUGAAUUCCCCAAGCCCAAGGCACCAGCUCCCCAAAAACAACCCCUGCUGCCCACCAAGAGAGAACCAAAGGAAGAAAGGAAGAACCCGAAGAAAGGGGCAGCUCCUGUCAACAGAGCCAACAAACAGGUCUCCAUCAUGGGCUUUUGCCAGAAGAAAUGAACUGGGUCUGUCUCCUCUUGGCAGCUUGGGAGUGUUGCUCCCUUUUUUUGGGUGGCUCUCUGCAAGCUGCUGCUGCUUGUGGAGGCCAACAUGCGACCCCUGGUUAUGCAAGGUGCCCUGCUUACUGUGUAAGGAAGCCCUCUGGACUAGAUUUUGUAUCAGAAAAAAGUUUUUAUUUGUUACUGCAAUAAUUCCAGUCAUCUCCACUAAGCAGUGUGGGAACUGCCAGCUAGAGGCAACAUCUAGAGGAACUCUUGAAAGGCUGUUAAAUCUGUUCACAUGAAAUUGUAUUUUUUUACUCGCUCCUUUGGUGCUAAGAUAGGAGAGGAGUUGUGGUGUUUUCCUCCCCUCUUUGCACACCCUCAGCUCUUCAGAUUGAUCCAGAUGUUCACGUUGGGUAGCAGCUGUACCGUAGCAGGUCAUCAGGCACAGACACAAAUAUUGAACAUCUGCUUCGGCUUUAACUGAAUGAAGUGUGUUUCAUUUUCCCCCUAAGACUGGUAAAUAAUUUUUGCUCUGCCUUUCAUAAUCUUUUUUUGGACAAAGCAGUGCAUAUAAAAUUCUCUUACUCUUUUCUUCCUUGAACGUAUCCUCUGUAACUUGCUCAGAUGCCUAAUUAUAGACUGGGACACUGUUGGUGUUCUGUCUUUACAAAAACAUCCUUGAGGCUUCCCACCCAAUUGGCUCCGGAGUAAUUGGGGGAAGGCUUUGCUGUUCUCGGGAAAGAACUGGAUCUUUAGCCUUGGAGGCCAGUGAGUCAGAGGGAAGGGUGAUUAGAGGGCACUGCUGAUAACACCAGGCAGGUACCGGGGAACAGCGCGCGCUGCAUCGCGGCUUGGGAGGUUUUGGGUUGCCUGAAGGCCUUUUUUACAGGCAUAAACCAGACAAGAGAAGAGGUUUUCCUUGGGCAUCUUGUCGUCUGCCUGCUGAGGGAAGAGUGCCACAGCACAUGGUCCUGAGGAACCUGUUAUGGGAGAGGAAUAAAGCACAGCAAUCCUGUUAACCAGAAAGGAGCUCUUGGUCUGGGCCUCCUGCUUGCCUGGUGCUGAGGCUGAUAGAGAGAUGUAAGAGAUUUUCCAGAGGGGUGAUGCCGAGCACUCCUGAAGUUUGGGCUGGUGAGUGCUCCCAGGCAGGGGCUGGUGUCAGUGGUUGGUUGAGAGGAGCUGCUGCACCCCAGCAGCAUCGCUGGGUUUGUGCCUGUGCGGUGGCCUGGGAAGAGAAUGAUCAACCUUAUUCUGGUUUAAGGAAGAAAGUUUAACUGUUGAGAGCAGAACCCACCCUGCCGUAGUGGUUCUGUUGUUCUUGGUAGAGUUGAGGGGGUGUUUUUAAAGGCAGCGAUGAGUAACAAAUCCCAUUGAACACAGUUUGUUUGUUUUUUUUUUUUUUAAUUUGUCCUUAUUCAUUAAAUUAUGUGUCAAAUCCUGA